CGACUGUGUUUUCAGCCACCGGUAGCUUGUGGGUGGUUUAUAUGCGCUUACAGUCAAUUAUGAUUGCAUGUCUACUUAUAUUACUCUAUAUAACUGUAACGACCCUGCCACACGAGCAUGCUUUGCGGCAAAGUCGAUAGCGUGCCGGACCGCGGGCUUCGAACGUCGAGGGUUCGAGACCUGCUCCCUGCUUUUUCAGUCAUUACAUAAUUAUACACCUACUGUAUGAUAGCUAGCAAAUGAAUUACUAGCUGGAACUUCUGGAGGAAACAUUGUUUCUUUCUACAAUUUCCAAAAACUAGGCAAAAUAAAACAUCAUUACUUUUACGAGACGUGUUUGUUCAUUAGUAGCAACAUUUCUAACUUAUUUACAUUCGUUUUUACAUCCAAAUUGUAUGUUGACUCCAUUAUUGACGUUGAAGUUUUACGUUUUGACUUCUCUUAGCGGAUGUACAAUCAUCGCGAAUUGAAUUAUGGGGCGUUUCAGGCCCCGAAGUGGACAUAAUUGUACACUCGCAAACUCCAUUAAAACGAGGGCUGAGGGGCUUACGUUGUAAACUUCCCUUGUUUGGACCGACGACAGAUAUGCCGGCGGGGAUUCCCCAAGGACAUAAGGCAGGGAGUGCAUCUACAUUUGGAAGUUGUCAAUAUGUUCUCUGAGGAAGAGCAGACAUCCCCUACAUCCUCCUCUUCAUCGCCACCUCCAUCCUCCCACUUCAUCGGGAGGAAAGAAGACGUUGUCCAGGCCAAGCGUGUCACCAAGCUGGUGGGCGGGAGGGAUGUGCUGGUUCUGUGCCACCAGGGCAAGCUCCACGCCAUGGACAUGCGCUGCUACCAUACCGGUGGACCACUGCAGGAGGGAGAUAUCGAGGAGUUUGAUGGGCGGAUGUGCAUCGUGUGUCCGUGGCACAAGUACAAGAUCACGCUGGCGGAAGGCGAGGGGCUGUACCAGGCGGUGAACCCCUCGGCUACACCCCCUAAACCCACCUGGCGCUCCAAAGGGGUCAAACAGAGGGUUCACCAGGUCACAGAGAUCAACAGGGAUGUGUAUGUCACAUUUAAUGACUCACCGGACACCAUUGACUCUGACUUCUACCAGACAGAGAGAUACAGGGCCACUAUAAAUAAGGCCCAGCCCGAGACAAAGAAAUUACUCGAGAAGGUGACGAGCAGGAAAGUGUAAGGAUUUGGGCCAUUUUGGUUGGGAGAAAACCCCUAGUGAUACUAAAUGUGUCUUUCGUUAGCACCGUGGAAUAGUAAACGGGUGGUGCAGGUACAAGACUGACUAAGUACUUCCCUAUCAGCAGCUCAAAGUGUAAUCUCUGGGUUAUCCUUUCGUAUCCUCCAGUGCACUAACUGAGCUCAAUCUCAAUCUUUUCCAAGUUUUCAAACUUGUACACACUUAAAUAUGUGUUUAAAGAUUUUCUGUUUUUCUACAGGUGCAGUCUUCCUCUAUUUCUUCAGUUUUGUUUGACUUGUAAUGUCUGCGUCUAUACAGCAAACGUCUUAAAGAACGAAAGCAGAACUAGUUAACAUUUGUGUAUUUUAUUUAUACAAAAGAUAGUGGUUAAGUGAUUUAAAGAUGUUUGGAUGUAAACAUCACUGGAGGAAUAUUACUGGAGGAACCGAGACAGGCCUACAGUCAUGAAGAUAGACGGGUGACUAACAUCAGAGCUAUAGAUGACACACAAUGUUUGGUCUCAGUUCAGCAGACAGAACGAAGGCAAGGGGUUUUCCAGGUGGUGCAGAUAUUCACAGCUGUCUGUGGCCAAAACAGAGAAGGACAGAGAGAUGAGAGGUUGUGUGGAAAAACAGGUGAGCUAGCACUGAUACCCUACACAGUCACAGUAUCAAGAAGAAGCCUUGCACAGAAUAGUGUGAAAUGUUGUUCAUCGCAGUACCUGAAGAUCAUUGCAGCAAUCCGAUUGACUUAAGCAUUCCCUCCAGUUUCCCACUCUUAUCCAGCGCUUUAACAUCACUGCCCCCACCAACACACUCCUUACCGACGAACACCCGUGGCACCUUCACACACACACACACACACACAUUCAUAUGGAUUAUAAGCUUUAAUAUAUUUUUCAAUUAAUGUAGGAAUUUGAUCAUGAUGGUAUCAACAUUGCAAAGUAUCAGAUUGUUUUUAUUUCCCUAAUGUACUGCUUUGCUGACAAUUCAAUGGGAAAUCAGUGGGGGGCUACAGUAGCCCACUGAAAUGAAUGGAUUUAAGGUUUGUGCACACGGUUGUGUCGAACUGUAUGCUUUCCGGUGGAUUCCCAUUCAUUUCAAUGGGAGGCAUGCACCACUACGGAUGCACCACUACAACUCACCUGGCAGAUUAUGCAGACUAGCAGUGUUUUGGAUUCGUCCAGUUUGUGCGUUGCUUUUCUGUGCGGUAUCAGACACGUAAAUAGAUAAACCACCGAAUAAAUGUGUAAUGUGUAGCAUGAUUAUGUUUGUUCUGAUGCAGUACAUAAAUUGCGAAGACUACUUAACAUUUACCGUACAGCAAUGUAAUGAUGCAGUCUGUGUGCACGCGGCGUUAGGCGCGCUUCAAACCCCUUUUGCGCAACUCCUGCCCGCCUUUCUGAACAUGGCUCAUUUGCUGAGUGACAGUGGCAAGACUAAAAUUAAAGUAUGAAUACACUAACAAAAUUAGGCUACUUCUAUGUACUUUGAAGGGUUGCCAUAUACGAAAUAAAUGUUUUAUAUGGCUCCUUCUGGGGGGGGGGGAGUUAAAAACAGGCUAGUAAAAGUCUAGAAAUGGCUGGAUAACAAAGCGAAACAAAAAUGCAUUCACUCACUCACUGUUCGUUCACCUGUCAUUUUAUUUAGGUAAUCCUGGAUUUCAUUCAUGUCAUCUCGUCCAGUGAUGUCUAUGAAUUCCAAGUGUCCAGAUUUGAAUCAAUACUUUGACAAUUAAAUCCAUACUUUGACAAAACAUAUUUUGCCAUUACGCAAUAUGGGCAUGACGGUUUUAGAAACACGACUACUUUGUCCCCUUAAAUUCUGGCCGUAACGAAUUCCUGAGCCAUGUUGCUAUUUAGAGAGCCGCAGCGUUAUGAAUAGAGUAUUCCAACAGAUUGUAAAUAUUUAUGACUGAAAUUGAGAGAGAGUUGGCGAAACGAUAGCCAGAAUAGAUUCCAACCUUACUCUUGUUUACAGCUGCACUGGGGUCGUACAGGCUUCCUGUUUAGAUUAGGACACUGUGGAGCCAGCGCAAGAUGUGACUCAGAAAACGUAUCUCAAUACAGGGAUGAGAAAAGUUUUGUAGUGAGAAAGAAUUGUCCCAUUUUCCCGUAAAGCACUUCACCUCAAAUUUCAAUCUGUCAAAAUUGUACACGAGAUCCAUACAGAACUGAGUAUGAAAAAACACCUUCUAAUCAGUUGUACAAAAUUGUAUUAUAUUUUAUGGGCUGCGUGAAAAAAAUCACAAUGCAAGUGGUGAGAUGCGCAUUAGGCCUAUUCUUUGUUGAAGAAAGUGUUAAUUGUUCUGGGUAAUAAAACUAAUUUGAAUAAA